CAAACAGCACCUAAACAUGCUCUCCCCUGCAUGCAGAUCUCACACAGAACUCUGCUGCUGCUCCUUGCAUUGGCACAAGCUUCUGGCAGUGAAUCAGUAGGGGAUUGACCAGGACCUGCAGCAGGAGGGGCAAGCACAGGAGCCAAACCAGAGCCCCAAGAUGUGGUGCCUCCUCGUGCUGCUCUGCUCCCAGGGAAUUGCCUUUCCAGCAGGAUUCUCAGCAGGAUUCUCAGCAGCCUCCAGUGCAGGUGUUGACAAAAGCCGCUGCAAGCGCCGCAACCCGGAAUGCUUCAUGAACGUUAGUGAAAUUAUCAGAUAUCACGGGUUCCCCAGUGAGGAAUACGAAGUUCCAACGGAGGAUGGAUACAUUCUUGGUGUUGUCAGAAUUCCUUCUGGAAGGAACAGCCCCAAUACAGGGAAGAAGCCUGCAGUCUUGCUACAUCAUGGUUUUUUAUCAGAUUCUAUUCACUGGAUUGCCAACCUGCCCAACAACAGCUUGGGCUUCAUCCUUGCAGAUGCUGGCUAUGAUGUCUGGUUGGGAAACAGCCGAGGAGACACCUGGUCUUUAAAACAUAAGACCCUUAAGCCCUGCCAGAAAGAGUUCUGGCAGUUCAGCUUCGAUGAGAUAGGUAAAUACGAUAUUCCAGCAGAGCUGAACUUCAUCCUGAAUAAAACUGGACAGAAGGAUGUUUACUAUAUUGGUCACUCUGAAGGGUCAGCUGCAGGCUUCAUAGCACUUUCUACUUAUCCUGAUAUGCCUCAGAAGAUUAAAGCAUUCUUUGCUUUGGCACCAGUGACCACCAUCACACACUCUACCAGUCCUAUGAUAACAAUUGCACUGCUUCCCCAGCCACUGAUCAGGUUACUGCUUGGCUGCAAAGGAGUUCUUCAAUACAAUGAGCUGAUGAAAGGACCUGUAACACGGUUCUGUGCAUGUCAGGGGAAAGUUUGUGGCAGUAUCUUCUGCUACCUGGUCGGGGGCAGGAUACAAAAUAUGAACACGAGUCGAACAGAUUCAUACUCAGGACACUACCCGGCUGGAACAUCGGUACAGAACGUUAUUCACUGGCAGCAGAUAAAAUAUGCAGACCAAUUUCAAGCUUAUGACUACGGCUGUAAGGAAAACAUGAAGAAAUACAACCAGACUGCUCCUCCUGCGUACAAGAUAGAGGAGAUAAAGGUGCCAACUGCUGUUUGGAGUGGUGGACAGGACAAAUUUGCAGAUCCAAAAGACAUAGCAAGGCUUCUUCCUCGGAUCACUAACCUCAUUUACCAUGAGCAUUUUCCUACAUGGGGACAUCUUGAUUUCCUCUGGGGCCUUGAUGCAACUGAGAAAAUGUAUCUGAAAAUCAUUGAACUACUGAAGAAAUAUGCUUAGAGUGCCACAGAAGGCAGUAGAGACCCCAGAUAUUUCUAUUUAGCAGUUGAUUAUUGGUAUAGGUAUAGAGGUUUACAAACUACUGACAAUUGGUUUGCAAUAUUUUUACACUACUUCCUUUGGUGUUACACUAAUUUGGUGAUUGCAGAAGAAGCUGGGGUUCGUGUGAAUGACCACUGAAAUUACAAAUACAUUACACAGAAAAUUUAGGGAUCCCUUA